AUAAAUUAACGAACGAGGACUCGGAAUUCACGAGUCGUAAAUAUAGCGCGACGAAAACUACACACACACACACACACAUACAUAUACCAAAUUUUAGCCGGCAUUCGUAUCACGUACACAGGGCCCGACGGCGCACAGCACCAGCUCGGCGAGCCCGACCGACAAAGAGAGAGCGAGAGAGAGAGAGAGAGCCUAGAUCUUUGCUCAGCAGCAUCUUGCCAUUCGGCAUUCGGACUUUUUGCCUUCGGCUCGCAUCGUUAGCUUAUCAACGGUAUUUGAUGGGGCGCCAGCAAGCUGUUCCAACAGUUGCCAUCGAUUAAUCGCCCAUUGAGCACGCGCUUUUGCCGCUUCAGCAGCAUUCAACUUCUGAUACAGAUUCGCUUUUCGUUCCGUUGUAUUCGUUCUUCGCUGGGAGUUGAAAUUCGCGGCGAAAUAAUUUUGGCUAUUUUUUAUCCGUCCAUGCCAUGCGCGAUAAAAUAUCACAACUAUUUUGCUUGCAAAAAAACGCAUGCAAAAAUAAUACAGCAGAUAAUAGAGGACAUAAUGUGCCAACAAAAGCAACGAGCAAUGGGACAAUGUGUGCCAAUGGGUCUCUUGGGACAGAAGGGCCCGAAGCGACAGAGACCGACUCAUCAGGGACCGGGCGGAUGCGGAAGCCGUUGGAGAGGAAUGGCUCAACGCAGAACGACACUGUUCACCUCGAGAGAAGGUUGGGCCUCUUCAGUGGGGUGGCUUUAAUUGUCGGAACUAUGAUAGGGUCUGGAAUAUUUGUGUCACCCUCUGGUUUACUGGUUCGCACCGGUUCCGUUGGAGUUAGCUUCGUAAUUUGGCUUGCCUGUGGCGUCCUCUCAUUGUUGGGCGCUCUGGCAUACGCUGAACUUGGCACAAUGAACACCUCGUCUGGUGCGGAAUGGGCGUACUUUAUGGACGCUUAUGGACCGGCGCCGGCGUUUCUAUUCUCAUGGGUAUCGACAUUGGUGUUGAAGCCAUCUCAAAUGGCUAUAAUAUGCUUAUCAUUUGCACAGUAUGCGGUUGAGGCCUUUGUGACGGAAUGCGAUCCACCCAGGGGUGUUGUCAAAAUGGUUGCACUGGUCGCAAUUGUAAUGAUAUUGUUUGUGAAUUGCUACAGCGUCAAUUUGGGCAUGGCCGUGCAGAAUAUAUUCACGGCGGCCAAAUUGGUUGCCGUCGUCAUUGUUAUAUGCGGCGGCAUUUGGAAGCUCUGCCAGGGAAGUACGCAGCAUCUGUCGAAUGCAUUUACUGGGCCGAUGCCAAGCAUUGGCGCGAUUGCGACAGCAUUUUACACUGGCCUCUGGGCAUACGAUGGCUGGAACAAUCUCAACUAUGUCACCGAGGAGAUUAAGAAUCCCAGCAAGAAUUUGCCGCGCUCAAUUAUGAUUGGCAUACCGCUGGUGACGCUGUGCUAUGCACUCAUCAAUAUAUCGUAUCUGGCGGCAAUGUCCGCGCAGGAGAUGAUUGAGUCUGAGGCGGUCGCUGUCACCUUUGGCAAUCGCAUCCUGGGCGUCCUCGCCUGGCUAAUGCCACUGAGCGUCACUAUCAGUACAUUUGGUAGUGCUAACGGUACGCUCUUUGCCGCAGGACGUCUUUGCUUUGCAGCUAGUCGAGAGGGACAUCUGCUCGACAUUUUGUCCUAUGUACAUGUGCGUCGCCUGACUCCGGCUCCUGGCCUCAUAUUCCACUCGCUAAUUGCCUCAGCAAUGGUGCUGCAUGGCACAAUUGAUUCGCUGAUUGAUUUCUUCAGCUUCACCGCGUGGAUAUUCUAUGGUGGCGCGAUGCUGGCACUUAUCGUGAUGCGCUACACCAAACCCAACCAUCCACGGCCAUACAAAGUGCCAAUUAUCAUUCCCGUUGUGGUCUUGGUCAUAUCCGUGUAUCUCGUUGCAGCGCCCAUCAUUGAGACGCCUCGCAUUGAAUACUUGUAUGCAUUGCUCUUCAUCUUUGCGGGCCUCAUAUUUUAUGUGCCCUUCGUCAAACUGGGGAUGACGCCUCGCUUUAUGAAUAAGGUGACACUGUUCUUUCAGCUGCUGCUGGAAGUGGUGCCAACUUCAUCGAUGAGCAUGUUUGAGUAAAAUUACUUUCUCUAUGCUCAACAAUGUAUGUUAGACACCAAAUCAAUCUUAUUCGGAUGCAGAGAGAUAGCUAGAGAGAGAGAGAGAGAGAGAGAGAGAGAGAGAGAGAGAGAGAGAGAGAGAGAGAGAGAAUAUGUACUUAGUUCUGCGGAAUCUAAAUAGCAAAACAAAUCCAGAAUACUGAAAACAAAAAGCAAAGCAAACAUUCACAGAUAUUUAAAGUUACAAAAAAAAAGAAGAAAAUUAUAUGUAUGUCGUUGAUUGACAACUAUUCCAAAUAGUUGGCGCCCACAAUUAUACAGAUGGAGUUUUUGUGCCACGUGCAGGUUACAUUCAAAAUAUAACCUAAAUGUACAUUUAUAUGUACAAAUAUGCUUAUCUUCAUUAACAAGGCAAUGACAAAGUGUUAACUCUUGCAAACUACUAGUGAAUUAUGUUGACUAGACAGAGUGCAGUCAGUUAAGUGACAAUGCAAUACAAAAAAAAAAACAAAAAAAAAAAUCCAAAGAAUAAAUAAAAUAAUACACAAAAACAUCAGCAACAAAAAAAUUGUGCAUUCAAGCAAAGACACUAGAAGUUAAACAAUUUGCAUUUUAUUUAUACUUUAUAAGAACUAAACGAGCAAAUGUUUGACUGGUUAAAAAAUACUAUUUGAACUAUAAGGUCUUCUUCUUCUUCUUCUUCAUCUGUUUUUUCAGUUUUUUUUUUAAGCUUAUUGCUAUUGAUUAUUGUGAAAAUUCCUUAUAUACGGUACGAUUGUUAAAAUACUUACUUAUAGUGUAAUAUAAAUGAAUAUUUUGGCUAACGAUGCAGAAUUCAUCUAGUGUCUUUGAUUGAGCUCAUGAAUUAAGCUGCUGCAAAUAUGGCAAACAGUUCCCAUUGUGUGUGUACUUAAGUGCAUAGAUAAGGUGAAGUCAGCUCAGAUCCCAACCACAGGAUUAACUUAUUUUCGACAAGAAGACGACCCCACCAAAAAACACAAAAACAAAAGACCAAAACAAGUAUUUUAAAGUCUCGCUGGAAACCAUUGUUGCAUUGUUGCACACUGCUGUCAUGUCUUCAAUUGCAUUGUUCUGUAUUUAAUUGAAUUAAGUGAAUACGAAUCCAUGGAGAUCAGCUUAAAUAGCAAUAUAAAUGUUGACAUUGAACGAUGAAAACAUUGACUAGGUAUAGCAUAACUACAGUUAAAAUGUUUCUAACUUUGGCGCUCGGUUCAAAUGUUUGUUGCGCGCGACUUUGUGAAAAUCGUAGGACUGCAAAUAGGCAUAAUGCUUUUAAUUGAUACCAAAGGUUACAAAUCGAACAAAAACAAAAAAAAAACAAAAAACAAACAAA